AUGGAGCCAGUUGAUAUCAGUUUGCACAAUGCUCUAAACACGAACGCAGGCAUAGACCCCGUAAGGAAUGCACACAGGGAAGCCCAACCCGACGGCCAAAGAACACGAGGAAUGGAAAAGGGAGGAGUUAGCAUCCAGAGUCAGAACAGAACUCCAAACACAACUGAACCAGUGAACACGCGGCAUGUUGAACCAGCGCUAGAGAGGCCUGAUGAAAGUGGCUCGGGGACUGACCCCAGGAUUAUGAAAAUGCUCGAAGAGCUUGCCAAAAGGAUUGAGAACGGAGAAAAGAAUAUUGAAGAAAAUGACAAAAAAAGUGCGGCUCCGAAGCCCAUCCCUAAGAAGUUUCGGAUGUUAGAUAUCCCGAAAUACAACGGGACCACUGAUCCCAACGAGCAAAUCACCACAUAUACUUGUGGCAUAAAAGAAAAUGAUCUGAAAGACGAUGAGAUCGAGUCUGUUUUGCUAAAAAAGUUUGGGGAAACUCUGUCUAAAGGUGCCAUGAUCUGGUACCAUAACCUACCCCCGAACUCUAUUGAUUCGUUUGCCAUUCUGGCAAACUCAUUUAUGAAGGCACAUGCUGGUGCCAUGAAAGUUGCAACAAGGAAGUUCGAUGUAUUCAAAAUAAAGCAAAGGAAGAACGAGAUGCUGAGGGAGUUUGUAUCCCGUUUCCAAUCCCCAGUCUCCGACGACUGGGCCGUGUAA